AUGGCUGGAAGUCGAGAUAGUGGACGGCAAUCGACGUCCUCAGUCUCUUUAUCGCAUCAUGCGCCACCGCUUCCGUUUGAUCGCAGUCAAAAUGAACCGAUGCGGGUGUAUCCUCCAGAGCCUGGUCGUAAUGGAUCUCUUGCUGCAUUGCAGUUGCUACAGAACAAGAAUGUGGCUAUCGUGGGUUUACUCAGCAUGAGCUCGUCAUCUUCUUCACGGGCUUUUGCCUUUGCAAAUCGUGUCAUUGGUCGCUGCGUCUUUCGAGAUGAAGAGAUGCAAAUUGCCACUACUGUAAAAGACACCCCAUUGCCUGCUAGUGUUCAUCUCUACUAUGACGACGUGGCAAGAUGCAUUUACCUGCUAGGUGUGGCUCGACCCGAGCGUUAUUGUUUCAAUUCAUUUACUACAACAAUUAAAGCUGCAAAUCCAAACAACGGCAGUAAGAACAGAUUAGUUAGUCAACGACAAACGACGAUGGACGACGAUGCUAAAGACCAAACGCUGAAGGAGACACAACGGACACGCAACGAAGUGGACGCUUUUGAACAUGAGAAGCUUAAGAUGCAAGUGCUUCUUUAUUCCAGUUGCAACAUGCUCUUUGUGCUAAAAGAAGACGCGAGGAUGACCACUAAUGUCUUGAAAGAUAUCCGCGCAUUGGCAGCGGAGAAGACGCAGCUACUGAACGUCGUUCCGACAUCGUCCAAGCACUCAAAGCGUGAUAGUGGCCACUCGAAAGGCUCUUCAUCUUUUUCGAGUGGGGGAAAGAAUGCAUUCGCACCCGGUCACUGUGUGCCGUUAGUGGUUUACGUUGUUCCAGCACCAGAUGAAAUAUUGCAUGGUUCAAUCAAGACGCAAGGAUCUGGGCCCUUGCGCUCAGCGACGGUAUCCUACUGCAAGGCACUGGAGGCACGCUUGACAACUCUGUUUCGGUCAUUGCGCAGCAAUAUCGUCGGCUCGUUGCGCAUGCGUGACGCACUAAGUACAGCUAAUUUGAGCAAGGAAAGGCGGGUAUUUAACUUGGACCUUGCGCACAGCGUAGUGGUUGUCUCUAGACGUACAGUUACAGCUGACGGACGACCAGAAGCACAGCUCGCGAAUUUUCUGGACGCGUUGGACUCGGAUGUCAGUGCUGACGACAUCCUGAUCGACGAUUCACUGCUACAACCACUCGCAGAUGACGACACGGGAUUUCAGCGCCUGAAUCAAUAUCUGCAAAAGUAUCUUGACCUGCUUUUCUCAUUCUCACCAAGUGGCAGCAAGGAUGGCGGACGCACUGAGCUGCUAAGUCCUUCGCAAUGGGUAAAAGCUUUUCAAACAUUGGUCAAAGGCUAUAACCGCAUGGACUCGAAACGAAGACAAGACGCAGCAGCAUUAAAAGCUGCUAAAAGUGGUGAAGCGACCGAUUAUGCUCGUUUUAACGUCGUUAGCAACGUAUUGAUAUGA